AUGGAUCAUUUUCCUUCACGCUGGGGCAAGCCUCGUUCAGAAGCUGUUGAUGCCUAUGGUACUGUUCCUAUGCCUCAAACUGUUCCAGAUCAAUUAGCUCAAUCAGCUUAUGGCCCAAUGACAAGAACUCAGAACCCUUUAAUAACAGGUACAUCUGUUCUUGCCUUUAAAUAUAGAGACGGUGUUAUGAUGGCCGCAGAUAUGCUUGGUUCAUACGGAUCUCUCGCUCGUUUCCGUGAUAUCAAGAGAUUAUAUCCAGUCGGCGAAAGCACGAUUGUUGGUGCAUCUGGUGAUAUCUCAGACUAUCAAUAUAUUCAACAUCUUUUGGAUUCUCUCAUGAUUAAAGAGCACUGUGCAGAUGAUGGACAUGUUUUAGGCACACCCCAUAUCUAUGAAUAUCUAUGGAGAGUCAUGUACAACAGAAGAUCUAAAUUCAACCCACUUUGGAAUGCCCUAGUCGUAGGAGGUCUCCACAAGGGCGAACGAUUCCUCGGUUAUGUCGACUUGAGAGGCACUACCUAUCAAUCAACAACCAUUGCCACUGGAUUUGGUGCACAUUUAGCACAACCUAUUUUGAGAAGAAGAGUUGAAGGCAGAGAAGACGAAUUGACAGAAGAAGAAGCAGUUGAGAUUAUGAAUGAAUGUUUGCGCGUGUUAUUCUACCGAGAUGCAAGAUCCUUAAACAAGUACCAAAUAGCAAAGAUUACCGAAAAUGGCUUACAUAUUAGUGAGCCUUAUCAAUUAGAUACCGAGUGGAGCUUUGCAGAGAAUAUUCGAGGAUACGGCGGUCAGCGCUAA